AUGGAAUCAAAUAAUAAUAAAUUGAAAAAGAAAUCUAUUAUCAUAGCAUAUAAUGAAGAAGAUGAGGACCUCGAAGAAGAAGAAUUUAAGAUAAAAAGUGUUUAUGAUUUAAAUAAACAAGAAUCGAAUGAUAUAGAUAAUAAUACCAAUGAGAUUAAACAAUUAGAUAAUACAAAUAUUGAACAUAAAGAAAAGAAAGAAGAAAAAGAAAAAGAAGAAGAAGAAGAAGUGCUGGAGUUGAAGCUGGAGGAAGAGGAAGAAGAGGAACUAGAGGAACAGGUCCUGUUUCCAAAAAUCAUUAAUAGAGAUCCAUCAAUUGAUUCAGAUUAUGAUUCCGAUCUUGAUUUAAAUAAUUCUGAAUCAAUAUCAAUUAAUCAAUUAAAAGCUCAUAAAUAUUUAGGAUGA